CAAUCGCAAGUCCGGUUUCUGUUUUUGGGUCUUUUACCCUUUCCCCCUUUGUGUUUUCGUUAUCCCCCUCCUAGAGCAGGUCUCUAUUAUACUUCUAAUUUUUGUUGUCUCUAAUCCCAAGAAAUCACCCGCAUCAACCACCUCGAAUCCCAAAUCAAUCAAGUUGCUGGUCAGCUUAGAGACAAUAUUCCCAUUUUAACGACUAUUUUUGUUUUUCGUUACUCAAUCACGCCUGUUAUAAUCGUCUAAUUACAGAAAUUCACGGAUUUCACUUGCUCGUGCCAACUACUAUCAAAUCAACAACUGCACUCUUUUCAGCAUCCUGCUACCCAAAACAACUUCAUAAAUUAAUCAAGUAAAGUCAACAUGUCGGCUAUUCAACUUUCUUUCUCUCUCCGCGUCUCCGCCGGUGUCAAGACUGUCCAUCUUCUCGGCUCCUGGGACGGUUAUGUCGGUCAGCUCCCUCUCUCCAAGGACAAGUCCUCUUCAAAGUCCGGCUCCUGGAAGGGCACCUUUCGAUUCCAGAACUCAACUCUCGAGGCUGGCCAACGAUACUGGUACUACUACAUCAUCGACGGUUAUCACGUUGCCCACAACCCCAGCGUCACCUCAACUGUUGAGCCCACCACCGGCCGUGAGCUGAACGUUCUCGACGUUCCCACCGACUCCCACAAGUCUUCAUCUCGUUCCUCUUCUUCCAAGUCUUCCUCCAAGUCUUCCUCUUCCUCCUCAAAGUCCUCGUCCAAGUCUUCUUCCUCUUCCAAGUCAUCGUCAUCCAAGUCUUCAUCCAGCAGCAAGAGCUCUUCUCACUCCUCCAAGGACAAGGAGUCUCGAUCCUCGCGAUCCUCCCGCCACAGCUCCAAGCUCUCCGUAGACAUCCCCAAGGGCCGCCCCCUGUCAAUCUCCCAGAUCCAGGCCCCCAAGCCCAUGUCUCCCCACGCUACCAAGCACAUUCUGGAUGCUUCCUACUACGACAAUGGCGAACUUGACGAGCUUGCCGACCGCCUUGGCAGCGCCAACAUUGAGGACGAGUUCAUCACCGACUUCAGCACCUCGCCCGUCUCCUCCAGCGGUUCUUCCCUGUCCUACCGCUCCGACAGCUCUUCUCCCAACUCGUCCCUCUCUGGCUACAGCACCCCCGGAUCCGACGUCAGCUCUUGCACCUGCGAGCGCUACGGUAUCACUCGCAAGGGCGAGCGUGUCAAGCUCGACUGCGGCGGAUCUCGAUGUGGCUUUGAUGACGACAGCGACUCCUGCUCCAGCGGCAGCGAGGACGAGUAUGAGUACGAGGCUGUUUCCCCCGCCAGCUCCCGCCGCCACGGCGUCGUUGCAUAAGUGCAUCGGUGUAAUGCGAAGACUUUGGCAAGAGGUUGAGAGAAACCCUAGCCGUUCACUCCUUGUAUCGGGCAUCCCCUGGCAGCACACCAGCGCCGGGAUGACUCGACCUAUGUUGUUGUGGUAAUAUCAGCAAUCAUUUUCCUGUUCCGACCUGCGUCACGUAUUUUGGACGCGGAUGGCACGCCGAGCUGGUCUCGGAAUGUAUCAGCCGCGCCGGUACGUUGAUCGUCAGUUAGGUCGAUGCUGCGACCGUUCGGCGCAGUCCACGAUGGUACAUCAUAUCGUGGCUGCGCGAGCGUAAUUCUUCUUCCUCACUCUGUUUCGUUCCCGAGUGAGCUGGGGGACCUUGAAAGAGGUCGUCCCAGAAAAAAACCUGACAAAUAAAGAGAAAUCUCAUCUGCCUUGAUGAUGAGAAGCACUCUCUUGGAAUCAAUAUCUGGAUGUGGUUCAUGACCUGGCGAUGGAUGAAGGUCUGGACUAGCCAUUACGAAGUAUGAAUAGGGUGGAUGACCAAGGACAGUCAUGAGCAAUGAAUGAAUAAUGAAUGAAAUAGCUUAGCUGUCUAGGAUAGAUGACGAUUGAAUCUAUUCAUGAAAUGAAACAAACCAUCUUUUAG